AUGAGUGUCGACUUGGUGGCGGACUUUAUUGCGACCCAGGUAUCCAACGAACAGGAGGAGUUCUGCCAAGACCUGACUCACGAACUCUGCAUGUCCUUCGAGGACAUGGCCCGCGCACUCGGUAUGACCCCAAGACAAGCAGAAGACGCCGCCGCACAAGCCAUCGCUCAGGGCAAAAUAGUCGGCCGCAUCGACCAACUUGAAGGCAUCCUCAACUGCACGUAA